CCCGCCCCUUGCGGCCCCGCCCGCCGGGGAAAGUGAGUUGCGUGGGCGCCGCGACCGGGAGCGCAGAGCCGGAGCUCAGAGCCGAGCAGCGGCGCGUGCGGCCGACCCUGGGGUCCUGUCUCUCCUGGGGGUGGCAAGUCCCAUUUACCCGAAGAGGAAGUAGAGGCCCAGAGAAGCCCGCAGGACCAUGGGCUCCAUGUUCCGGGGUGAGGAGGUGGCGCUGGUCCAGUUCUUCCUGCCCACACCUGCUGCCUAUACCUGUGUGAGUCAGCUUGGCGAGCUGGGUCUCACGGAGUUCAGAGACCUCAAUGCCUCGGUGAGCGCCUUCCAGAGACGCUUCGUGGGGGAUGUUCGGCGCUGUGAAGAGCUGGAGAAAACCUUCACGUUCCUGCAAGAGGAGGUGCGGCGGGCUGGGCUGGUGCUGCCCCCACCCGAGGGGAGCCUGCUGGCACCCCCACCCCGUGACCUGCUGCGCAUCCAGGAGGAGACGGAUCGCCUGGCCCAGGAGCUCCGGGACGUGCGGGGCAACCAGCAGUCCCUGCGGGCCCAGCUGCACCAGCUGCAGCUGCAUUCCGCCGUGCUGGGCCAGGGCCACCACCUCCCGUUGGCAGCCGCCCCCGCGGAUGGGCUCUUGGAAAGAAGCCCCCUGCUCCAGCCCCCGGGGGGGCCCCACCAGGACCUGAGAAUCAACUUCGUGGCAGGGGCUGUGAAGCCCACCAAGGCCGCCGCCCUGGAGCGCCUGCUCUGGAGGGCCUGCCGGGGCUUCCUCAUCGCCAGCUUCAGGGAGACGGAGCAGCAGCUGGAGGACCCGGUGACGGGUGAGCCUGCCACGUGGACGACCUUCCUCAUCUCCUACUGGGGCGAGAAGAUUGGGCAGAAGAUCCGCAAGAUCACGGACUGCUUCCACUGCCACGUGUUCCCGUUCGUGGAGCAGGAGGAGGGCCGCCUCGGAACCCUGCAGCAGCUGCAGCAACAGAGCCUCGAGCUGCAGGAGGUCCUGGGGGAGACGGAGCGCUUCCUGAGCCAGGUGCUGGGCCGGGUGCAGCAGCUGCUGCCGCCCUGGCAGGUGCAGAUCCGCAAGAUGAAGGCGGUGUACCUGGUGCUCAACCAGUGUAGCGUGAGUGCCACCCACAAGUGCCUCAUCGCCGAGGGCUGGUGCGCCUGCAGCGACCUGCCCACCCUGCAGCAGGUGCUGCAGGGCAGCUCGAGUGAGGCGGGUGUGAGCGCCGUGGUUCACCGCAUCCCCUGCCGGGACAUGCCCCCCACACUCAUCCGUACCAACCGCUUCACGGCCAGCUUCCAAGGCAUCGUGGACGCCUACGGCGUGGGCCGCUACCAGGAGGUCAACCCAGCGCCCUACACCAUCAUCACCUUCCCCUUCCUCUUCGCCGUGAUGUUCGGGGACGUGGGCCACGGGCUGCUCAUGUUCCUCUUCGCCCUGGCCAUGGUGCUCACUGAGAACCGGCCGGCCGUGAAGGCGGCGCAGAACGAGAUCUGGCGGACCUUCUUCAGCGGCCGCUACCUGCUGCUGCUCAUGGGGCUGUUCUCCGUCUACACCGGCUUCAUCUACAACGAGUGCUUCAGCCGCGCCACCACCAUCUUCCCCUCGGGCUGGAGCGUGGCGGCCAUGGCCACCCAGUCUGGCUGGAGCGACGCGUUCCUGGCCGAGCACCCGCUGCUCACCCUGGACCCCGCAGUCAGCGGUGUCUUCCUGGGACCCUACCCCUUCGGCAUUGACCCCGUCUGGAGCCUGGCUGUUAACCACCUGAGCUUCCUCAACUCCUUCAAGAUGAAGAUGUCCGUCAUCCUCGGGGUCACCCACAUGACCUUCGGGGUGGUCCUGGGAGUCUUCAACCACGUGCACUUUGGCCAGUGGCACCGGCUGUUCCUGGAGACGCUGCCUGAGCUGAUCUUCCUGCUGGGGCUCUUCGGCUACCUCGUCUUCCUGGUCAUCUACAAGUGGUUGAGCGUCUCAGCGGCCGGCUCUGCGGCAGCCCCCAGCAUCCUCAUCCACUUCAUCAACAUGUUCCUCUUCUCCCGCAGCCCCACCAACCAGCCCCUCUUCCCCGGGCAGGAGGUGGUGCAGUCUACACUGGUGGUCCUGGCCCUGGCCACCGUGCCCGUCCUGCUGCUCGGCACACCCCUGUUCCUGCGCUGGCAGCACCGUCGCCCACUGAGGCCCACUGGCCGCCAACCGGAAGACGACAAGUCCAGGAUUCUGGACGCCUCCGACGCCUCUGUGGCUGGCUGGGGCUCUGAUGAGGAGAAAGCGGGGUGCCCAGGGAACGGAGAGGAGGCCGAGUUUGUCCUGUCCGAGGUGCUCAUGCACCAGGCCAUCCACACCAUCGAGUUCUGCCUGGGCUGCAUCUCCAACACGGCCUCCUACCUGCGUCUCUGGGCCCUGAGCUUGGCCCACGCCCAGCUGUCGGAGGUCCUGUGGGCCAUGGUGAUGCGUGUGGGCCUGCGCAUGGGCCAUGAGUUGGGCGUGGCGGCCGUGGUGCUGGUCCCCAUCUUCGCCGCCUUCGCCGGGUUGACCGUGGCCAUCCUGCUGGUGAUGGAGGGGCUCUCGGCCUUCCUGCACGCACUGCGGCUGCACUGGGUAGAGUUCCAGAACAAGUUCUACUUAGGCAGUGGCUACAAGCUGAGCCCCUUCACCUUCGCGGAGGAGGACUAGCGCCCACCUGUGGCCACGCCCGGGUCUGUGCCCUUACCUGCGGAGACAAGAAAUAAAGAGGGACUAGGAACUCUGUCUCGGUCCUGUCUGCGGUGCCAGGGGCUGGCGAGACUGGGGUGGCAGGGCCUGGGCCCUGGGCAUGGACUGGUCUCACCCCAUGAGACUCCUGGGGUCAUGGACUCCGUGCCCGGCUCUACUAUACUCACCUUCCUUAUGCUGUCACGGGCAGCGGAGCUUGUUGUAGGGUGCAGUGGGGUGGGAGGCCCUGGUCAGGACCUGGGGCCUUGAGGAGUUGGGGAGAGGCCAUGUGAGCGCAUCUGCAGUAAUCCCAGAGCCUGGGGGUGAAGUGGGGGGCAGACCUAGGACCAGGGAGGGAUCUUUCCAGCACAUUCUAGUUUUGAGCUUCCCAUCCUUGGAGAUGUGCAAACUGGCUGUAAGAGAAUGUUUGGGAUACUCUGGGCAUGAAGGGUGGUGCCUGGCACGAGGGGCCAGUUGUUCCAUGCCCUGGUGCUGGCCCCGCCCCAGGCACUCAAGAUGGUCCGAGGCAGGGAGCAGCCUGGGACUCCAGAGCCUGACCCAGAAGUGGGGACACACACACAACACACACACCCCCUCUUACAGAAAGGGCAGAGGCUGUCCGGGCGGCCCAGGAGUUGUCUGGGGCCCGCAGGGCCAGGAAAAGGACUGAGCUGGACUCCAGGUCCUGCUGGCCCUUCAGGGGAGGCUGCCGUCUCUGCCAUCCCUCCCUGGGUGACCAGUCCUGCUCCCCAAGGCCAUCCUUCGACUGGUGGGCUGGAGAGGAGCACUGUGCAGGUCUCUCUGGCCUGGGUCCCACCGCCGGCUGGGAGGUGGUGCCAGUGCAUCUCAGAGGCCUCCCUUUCUCGGGCUGAGGAGCUGCAAAGUGGCUCUUCCGGCAGGAGGCCCCGGGAACAAAGGCCACUUUUGAGGCCAGAGAUGCCCUGGGCAUGGCAAGCCGGGUGGCCUGGCUCUAUCGCUGUAGC